GUCUUGACUUUCCUUCCUACAACUCACAGCUCUUUCUCCCUCUCAUCCUUAGAUUCAUCACACAAUUCAUCUACCCUCUCAACCUCGAAGAUGUCAGCCCCUCAGAUCAUCCAGGGACUCUCGUCCGCUGGAUCCACCCUGGGUGCAUACUCCAGACAGCAGCUGGCGACUCUGCGCAACCGCUUCCUCAACACAGAGAAGCGAAGAACAAGAUACCAGCUCGUUCAGACUUCGUUUACCGUUCACCGACCGGUCUGGAUUGCCGCGGGCGGUGCGGCCUACACAACCAUGGGCGCCGUCUACCUUACCCUACGCUACAUGCGACAUUUAAAGUAGACCUUUUAUGUUCACCUCACGCGACUUUCGCAGGGAAGGGAAGGGGGUUCAGCAGAUCGAGUCUAGCUGUCCGAGGCAGUCAGACCUCGUACUUUCGACGACACUAGUCACAUUGUCUUUCAAACCAAUCAUUCCAUUUAUCGAGGGAGGCUUUCGAGGACGGGAUCUUCCAGGUGAUGACCUACCGGCGUUUAGGAGGGUUCUGUUUAUUUUUAUCGAGGGGGCGAGGAGA